CCAGAAAAAGCAAGAAAAGCACCAGCAACUGAAUUACGAUUACAACAAUUUUUAGCUUUUAACUACGCUCAAGUUUAUUAUUACUUCAAAAGCGAAAAAAAUAUCGAAAGUAUUUUACCGCUCCAACAACGCGACUCCCCGCUUCGCAGCUCUGCCAUUCACCAUGUAAACACAAUUGGCUCAAACGCCGCUGUUUCUUUCCAAUUUUUACAACUCCAUUCAUUCAGCCUAAGCAAGCGAAAAAAAAUAAAAAAUUAUAUUAAAUAAGUAAAUGCUUGCCACUUAACAUCAUUUCGUUUCUUUCCAACUAAUGAAAAUUAUUUCGAAUGAUCGAAAGUUUAAUUUCCAAACCACAAAUAACAAAAUUACCUACUUAUAUAAUAUCUAAUUGUUUUCCGGAAAAAGUAAAUCACCUGCAAUUUCGUUAUAAAACAAUUUAAUCAGAAAAUACUGCAAUAUUUCGAAGCACUUCAAUCACUUUCAAUCGUUAUUAAUAUCAGAAACUUAGGUGAAGAAGGUGAAAAGAGGUUAAAAAUCAGAUAUUAGAAAACAAAAAAUCAUAACUCACUUCGAAGUGGCAUCCCAUUACAUCCAACUACUUACAACUUAACAAACAAACAAACAAAAAAAACGUUUUAACUUCAUUCAUACAACGAUUCUGUGAUAAAAGAACCAAAAGAUGAAGUCGUUGACCUUGCAUUUCACUGCACUACUUCCGCUGCUGUCGCUGUUAUUGCUAAUAUCACAACACGCGCCCGCUGACGCAUUGCGGCCAGGCACAAUGGCUACGCCAGCGGAGGUGGAUAAGUCAACUUCCGCGCCCAUCAAUAAACGAACCACAUCGACAACAACACAACAGCCACCAUCGUUGCGUGCACCACGACUUAUGCGCACUCCGCGCCCCACCACAGUGAUGACGCAUCCAACAACAAGAACAUCAACAACUAAAACUACAACGGCCAGAACUACUACUAAACCAGUAGCACUGCUCGUGACCAAACUACCACCAUUCAAGCAAACAGCGCGCCGUUCAGCACUCGACUCCAAAAACAAUGCCGGAACAGCACCUACAACAGCGCGUCUGGCGCGCACCGCCGAUAGGAGCGUAUCGCCAAAUGUACGCCAAAAUCGUAGUUUUCUCAGCGCCACAGCGACGCAAAACUCGCAGACCAGCAAUGCGGCGGCGGCGGUCGGUAGGAGUGUUGAUGCGAACAAGACAUACAAACAAAUUGACAAUCGCCAAAUAAAGCGUGUGGCCUACAAAAACAAUAACAAACAACAAAAUGCCAGCGCUAAUGCAACGCGCACGAGCACCACAGCUAAGGCACCACAUGCGCCGGCAAUUCUAUCAUCAACAGCUUUAUUGUCGCCAUCGGUGACGUCUACUACGGCAGCCAACGUGAACACUCAUCGUCACGCCGGCGAUGCACGUCAGACGACGUCAUCAAUAGAUUGCGCGCCAAACGAUGCUGUGACGAAUCAUAACAAUCAACCACUCCUUCAGCGCCAGUCAAAGCAAGUCGCUGCUCUUGCGGCGCAUGGUAACGCGGAACGCGCGACGCCACCACGGCAGACAUACAUCAACGGUGUCGACACGGCGAAUUCAACGCGUCUGCCACAAACACCAAAAACGCCCCGCAUGAUACAGCGGCUUGUGGCUGGACAUAUACAAAACGCCGAGGGCCGUUCCACUUUUCAAGUCUCCGCUGUUACUUCAAAUAGCACCACAACGAAUUCAGUAACAACUCACAAGCCCUCAUACCAGUACGCGCGCUCCAAGGGAGGGCAGUUAGCCAUGAGCAGCUCAUAUCGGUUGGCGAAAGUGAGCACCACUCCUGCAACAACAACGAAUACCGCAACAACGACAACAACUGCAGGUCCAUUUCAUGUAGGCGCCGAUCGUGAUGAUUACGAUUAUGAUGAGGCGCUGCUGGAAGAUGCAGGAGAUUUUGAAAAUUGGGAUAAUGGCAUUUUACGGCUCAGUGCCGGCUCAGGAAAAGAGAAUAUCGUUAAGCCGAACAAGAACAAAGAUGAAUCAAAGAAAACGCUUUCGGACCAAGUGCGUGAUGGUAAGUAUGGAUUGAUUGAAAAGGAGAUAUUUCGACGUCCACCCAAACGGCCGGGUGUACUUAGUUAUUUGCCAAAUAAGGAGACACCCAUAGAUAAUGAACGCACAUUUGGUGGCUUGAAUGAGGAGGAUAUUUGGUUGGCGGAAGAUCAUUUGCUUGUGAUCAAGGGCGGUAAUCUGAAUGAGGGCGAACCAGACGAACCGUGGCCGCCCAUCGAUGACUAUGAUGCGCCCGGUCGACAAAUCAAGUUGCCGCCGAAUCCAAAAGUGCCGCCACCCUUUCCUGUCCAGCUCGAAGAGAAUGGCCCGCUACAGUUUAUCGGAAAUAAUAAAUUCACGGUCGUCUAUCCGGUCGCUAACGAAUCGAUACAAGUUUAUCCCGCCGGCGCGGAAGCCAACUACGCAUCGUCCGAAGGUGAUAGUGACAACGAGAAGAAUCUUCUUACCCGGCCGGGAACGGCUCAAGAUGCUGCACAAGGUGAGCCCGGCUACCUCUACCCGGCGCCCUCACCACCAUGGCUCUAUCACAACCAAACGUUUGUUAAUCCAUUCCUGAGCAAUGCGCGUCCCAUUACAUUCCCCAAUCUGGGCCCAUUUCCACUGGGACGUAACAGUUCAUUGGAGAAUUCCAAUGGCACCGAUUAUUUCGAUGAAGAUGACCCAUCGCUUUACUACCCACCGGCGUAUACAUUUGUCUACAAAAGUAACUACUCAAAUCCUGUGCCACCGGGGCCACUAGUGCCGGGCAUUGUCUUACCACCACCAGCCAAUCAAUUCAGUCGAUUGGAAAAAACAAAAAAAGUGCAUGCGCUAAGUCGACAUCGCGGCUAUGGCACGAGCUCUACGAGCACCACAAGUACCACAUCUACGACGACUACCACUACUUCGACAACCACUACGUCAACAACCACUGAAGCGCCCUAUCGACCACAAGUCAUCACGAAAGUACACCAAUAUGCGCCGAAAACAAUUAUCAUAACGCCAGAGCCACCAGCCGCCAUACCGCAUGUGGUGCCACCGAGUAAACUGCCACCUCCGCCCGCACCAACACCCACUGCAGCUCCGCCCGAGGUCAUCGAAGCUAUACCGGUGCCAGUCGCGGUGCACAUACCCAUCUUCCCCUCCAACAAAUAUCCGCAAACGCGACCGAAUGCCGUGGCCUUUGAACGCACAACGCCGCGUUAUAACCAGGAUAUGCUCUCGAAAACCAAUCCGAUUUAUUAUGAGUACUUCGAGGCUAAACGGCAGCCUACCAGUGUUACCACAAAUAUCAUUGACGAUUUCCUCGCUACAACAGAGAAGCCGGUGUUGGCUAAGCCAAUAAAACUGUACGCGACCAGCAAACGACCAUUCAAAUCACAACCGCAAAACCAACGUACUUACUUGCCACCACGGAUGCAACCGCAACGUCAGUACUUGCCACAAGAUGUGGUCUACAUCACACCCAAACCGGAGGCGGUGAGAUAUAAACGGCCGCCACCGGUGCCAGUAGAGGCGCCUGUCUACAAGCCGCGCCCACUGGAGAACUUCGAACAAGAAGUGAAUGCCAUACGCGAGACGUUGCGCUACUACCAAAAUCAACAGUUGCGCGAUAAUAGCAUACCGCGCACACCGAAAGCCAAACCGAUAUACGAAUUCAAUUUCGAUGCAUCAAGGAAUCUGGAACCAGCUCAGCCAACGGCGAGCGCAGGGGACUUCCAACCACCUGCAGAAUAUGACGAUGUACCCUUCAAGCCAAUGGUCACCUACAGUCCACCGGUUGACGAUGAAAACUCAUUCCAUGCCAUCGAUGUGGAGAAGGCAAAUGUGGAGCGGCAGCAACAGCAACAACGGCUGGACGAGCAAUAUCCGCAACAACAGCAACAACCACGGUACCAGUCAACCACCACGCUCGUGCCAGUGCAACCCGACGCACCUUACCAACAACCACAGCCAGCUGUGCAAGGUCGUCCCAAGAAGCUGCGGCUGGGCGCCAAGUAUUUACAACAAACACCGUUUUUGCCCGAAUAUCGUGCGGCGCCCGAACCGGAGUUGCCGCCAUAUCCAAGCACGCCACGCACGUAUGUCGCCACACAAACGCCAUGGGCUGCGGUCAGCCAACAGCAGGAGCUAAAUGAAUACGUACCACAACAGCAUACACCGCCGUAUCAACGUAUUGAGCGGCCACCGCAAGCUCCCAUUUCCCCCAAACAGCGUGGCUUCACUGGCUACUAUUACGGCGGUCCAGUGCUACAUGCGCGUCAAAACAAUCGCUUCUACGAGGAGCCCUUCCAGCAGAUCAAUGCGCGGCGCAUUGUCAACUAUCGGCAGCCACCGUCGCCACUGCCACCACCACAGCCGCAGCCACAGCCUGACUACCAGCAACAACAGCAGCAGCAGCAGCAACCGCCGCAAACCCUGUGGAGUUUGGAGAACGACACUUAUGUCAAUUACGCGCCCAAUCGACCGCCAAUCAAUCCAGAUGCAGAAUUUAUUAAUCCCUAUCAGCCAGCAUUACCGCUAAACCCCUACGCUGCGCAGCUGCAACGCUAUAACGCGCCGCAGUCGGCACCACCGCUUUCGCAUCAAUCGCAAUACUACGCGCCACCUGUGCCGCAACAGCAGCAGCAGCAGUUAGCGCCACAACGGCAAUAUCAACAACAAAUUCCAUUGCAUCGUGACAUACUGGUCAACUACCGACAGCCGCUGCCACCAAUCAAUCCGGAUAGUGAAUACAUUUCGCAUCCACAGGUGGUGCGCCCACAAGUCUACUCGCCAAUCUAUCGAUCAAACGACUAUCAGCGGCUGCCGCCACAAUUGCCGCAGUUGACCGCAACCGGCGAGCAGGAUGGGCUUUACUACAUAGCGCCGAAAUUUCGACGAUCCAAUAAUGGCAAUGGCAAUGGUAGCAGUAAUAACAACAAUAAUAACAACAGCAACAACAACAACAACAGCAACAGCAAUAAAAAUACUAAAAAUAGUAAUGCUGUUGGCAGUGACGGCAGUCAAAGCCAUGGUGGCGGCAAAGCCAAUGCAAACACAAAUACGCCAACGCGUAGCGGCAACGGCAACAGCAACAGCAACAACAACAGCAGUAAUGGCAAAAAAUAAGGCGUAGCAUAAGCAGCAAUGCUAAAAAGGAUUGACUAACAGCGUAGGUGGGCAGACAGCUGAGUUGAGUGGCUGUGCGAAAAGGUGUGCGUGGCUGCGAAGGUGUUUGAUUGAGUGCUUGUGAAUUUCGUGCGUGCAACUAUUUUCGGUUAUUCGCACUUCUUUAAUGGUGUUUGCAUGAUUUAUCUGUAUGUGUAAGUAUAUGCUAAGUACAUUUGUCUGCUGCCUGCCCGCUUGCCAAGUGCUCAUUAGUACUAAGUAAACUGUACGUUUUUGUUACGUUCAACAACGUCACCAGCCACCAGCCACGAAACCCAGGAAAAGUUUAAGGAAUAUAGACGCGCUCUUAUCCGCUGUAUUGUUAAGUGUAUGGCAUGUGAUUACGCUAAUAGGCAUAAGCAGCACUAAGAAUUCACGACAAAUGUACGUCUAAUACCUGAAAAUCAACUUCAAUGGGUUUGUAAAUAAUUUAAAAAAAAAUUAAGAAACUAAUUUUAGAUAUUCGAUGUACUAUAAUAUUAAAUGUGCAGAACAAAAUUAAAUAUAUGAAAAAUAUUUAAAAAAGAAUUUAUUAGAAAAUUAUUACAAAAAAACAAAAAUAUUUUCAAUUAGCUAGCAUUUAAUUAACGCUAAGUAGGUAAGAAAUUUGUAAACAAGUCCAUGAAAUAUUAUAAUCAGCCAUAACUGUGAAGAUUGAAACAUUUCAGUUGAUGCAACAGAAUGAAAAAUUGGUCAAUUACUACUUAAACAUAGCAACUAAAUGUAACCGAAAAUAUAAAAUCAUAAAUGUUUGUAUGUAUUAUUAUUAGUGUUAGUGUUAACAUUUAAAGUUAUAUUUGUAUCACCAAUUUAAACUAUUUUUAAUUAAUCAAUAAGUUUAUUUAUGUUACGAGAAAAACGAUAUGUGAAAAGUAAUUAUCCAAAAAUGUGUAUUUAAUCAUU